CACAGCUGCAACCACGCAAAGAAUGAGCCAUCUCUUGGGCGAGACAUUAAUCACCGCCACUAUCACCACACGCUCUCUCUUCAGCACCACCUUCUUUCUUAUCAAUGGAGAAUUACCAUCAACAACCCCCAAAAUGCUCACUAGGUCCUCUCCAUCUCUCACCCUACCCACCAAACACUCCAACAUUCUCAAACCAAGAAGAUCAACAAGAACAGAAAAUAACUUCAGAAUACGCCUCGUAGCAAGCAGUAUGUCUGCUGCACAAGUUGAGGAACAAAUUGAGGUUGAAGUUGCAGAGGGGUAUACUAUCACCCAAUUGUGUGACAAGAUUAUAGAUGUGUUCUUGAAUGAGAAACCCAGGUCCAAAGAUUGGAGAAAAUACUUGGUGUUCAGAGAAGAGUGGGAGAAUUAUAGGGAUAGAUUCUAUAAUCGAUGUCAUACGCGGGCAGAUACUGAGAAUGAUUCUGCGAUGAAGCAAAAAUUAAUUGCUUUAGCAAGAAAAGUCAAGAAGAUUGAUGAUGAAAUGGAAAGGCAUACUGAACUUCUUAAAGAAAUUCAAGAUAGCCCUACGGAAAUAAAUGCCAUUGUUGCUAAGAGGCGCAAAGACUUCACGGGAGAAUUUUUCCGUCAUUUGACUUUACUUUCAGAGAUAUAUGAUAGCUUGGAGGAUCGUGAUGCGAUGGCCAGGCUUGGGGCUAGAUGCUUGUCUGCAGUCGGUGCUUAUGAUAACACAUUGGACAUAGUGGAGACAUUAGAUACUGCCCAGGCCAAAUUUGAUGAUGUUCUGAACUCUCCUUCAGUUGAUGUGGCAUGUGAUAAGAUUAAAAACCUUGCAAAGGCAAAGGAACUUGACUCUUCUUUGAUCCUAUUAAUAAACAGUGCUUGGGCUUCAGCAAAAGAGUCAACAACCAUGAAGAAUCAGGUGAAAGACAUAAUGUAUCGGCUAUACAAAGCCACACAGAGUAGUCUGAGGAGUAUUGCACCAAAAGAAAUAAAGCUACUCAAGUAUUUGCUGAACAUCACUGAUCCUGAAGAGCGAUUCUCAGCAUUGGCAACAGCUUUCUCCCCAGGUGACGAGCAUGAUGCCAAGGACCCCAGUGCCAUAUACACGUAAGAGAGAUUCACCCCACUGCAGAUAAAGACUCCCAAGGAGCUACACAAGUGGAUUAAGGUCACGCUUGAUGCAUACCAUCUUAACAAAGAAGAGACGGAGAUCAGGGAGGCAAGGCAGAUGACCCAACCAGUGGUUAUUCAGAGGCUUUUCAUCCUGAAGGAAACAAUUGAAGAGGAAUACUUGGAACAAGGUGUUAAAGCAGAGAAAGACGCCAAAUCAGAGGAGUUGUGAUGUGCUGCUCUUUUUCAUCACUACAUCUACUGUCACUCAGUCUGCUGUCAUUAUCUGCUAGAGUUGAACUCCAAAUUAUGUGAGCUGAAAGCUUUCCACCCGGGAGACAUAUUUGUUUUCAUCUCUAAAAUGUAUCAAUUAGCUUGCUUGAUUGAGGAGAAGAGAGCUUUGAUACUUUUUUUUUCUGGGUUUGUUAGCUAACCUUGUUGUUUCCCAAUGGGCAAUGGAGGUUAAGAAUCCAUGUUGCUUGUCGAGUGCAGUGGUAAUAGGCAUGUUAUAGAAGUUCGAAUUAAGAUGUGCGAGACAGCUACUUAGGUGGUAUUUGGGAUGACUUAUGAAAUUUAAAAAUUUCAUUUCAAAUAAGUAUUUAUCAAAAAGUAACCUCUGUGUUUUCAUUUUUCCUGGGGAGGUAGUUAAACUGAUUAUUUUAAAGAUCAGCAAGUUCUGUUUUUACUUCCCCUUUUUCCCUAGGAACGUCUUGAUUGUAUUUCCAUACAUUGUAAUGCACUCUCUUUCUUUUGAUGUAGUUAAAAUAAUAAUGUACGUGGGUUAUUAAAAUGUUAGUG